AUGAGUAACAACGAGGCCGAGUAUGAGGCUGUGACUGCAGGUUUGAAGUUAGCCCUCAAAUACGGCGCCCGACGACUCAUCCUCCACUAUGACUCUCAACUCGUUGUGAAUCAAGUCACCGGGACUUUCCAAAUCAAAGAGCAGAGACUACAAAGAUACCAGUCGGAAAUCCACAAACUGCUGCCAGAGUUCGAUGAAUGCCGCCUCGACCAGAUAACCAGGGCGCAAAAUAUUGAAGCAGAUGGCCUCGCCAAACUAGCUGCGGCCACCAAGAAUAUCAACAAAGAAAACGUGGUCAACCUCCUUCACUCCGCAAUAGACCACAUCGAGGUGCAUACACUCAGAUACGUGAGCAGGAGGUCAUCGCCUUUAUAUGGAAAAAUAUUAUAUGCCGUUUUGGCAUCCCCAAGGAAAUCAGUUGCGACAAUGGACCUCAAUUCUUCGGAAAAAGAACGACUGAGUUUUUCGAAAAGUGGCACAUCAAACGAAUACUCUCCACGCCAUAUCACCCUGCUGCCAAUGGCUAAGCCAAAUCCUCCAAUAAACACGGGAGAAGCGCCAUACUCACUGGUCUAUGGGACUGACGCGGUUAUACCCAUCGAGGAUGGGGAGCCCAGCUUGAGAUACUCUAACGAGAGUGGAACAGAUAACGAUGAAAGUAGGCUACAAGAUGUGGAUGAAGUUGAAAAACGAAGAGACAUGGCCCACGUAAGAAUGGUAGCCCAGAAGCAGCAAGUAGAAAGAUACUACAACAAGAGAGCCAAGGUGCGAUCACUCAAAGUUGGCGACUACAUCCUCAAGGCCAAAACACAGGCGUCAAAGGACCCUAAUGAAGGAAAAUUGGAAACAAACUGGGACAGACCAUAUAAAAUCAUAGCAGUAGCAAACAAAGGAGUGUUCCACCUAGAAACAAUGGAGGGAAAACUGCUCAAAAACAACUGGAACAUCGCCCACCUCAAGUAUUUCCACUUCUAA